CGGUGCAUGCAACGUUGUCAGUCUACGGACUGGCAGCGACCACCUACAGAGUGAGUCUCUACUGGACACUGUGUGCUGCCCAACGCCGGUCAGUACUCGUCCGCUUUACUGAUUACUACGACCAAUCCGGAGGCGACAUGCAGCCCGCAGGACACCAUGGACUGAGCGACGACAUCUGGUCCAUCAUUCUGACCUUGACUGACCCCAGCGACGCCCGGAGUGUAUCUCUCGUCUCCCGAAACAGCCACCCCGCCGCUCGGCGCGUCGUCCUCUCCCGCGCGGACAUCUCCGAGCAAGGCCAGCUCGAACAUGCUCUCGCCUUCAUGGUGAAGGAGCCGCAUCAUCGCGCCUGCUGGUUGCGCGAGCUCCACAUCAACGAAAACGCCCUGGAUGGGUUCGAGGACUCCUGGGAUACUAUCACGGAGGGGUCGUCGCUCGCUGCGAGGUUCGCAGACCUCCUCGGUGCGGCGCAAAACAUCACCAGCAUUGCACUUCCCUAUGUGGAGUCGAUGUUGGAAGCGGAACCGCGUGCUGGCACGGCAUUGGCCUCCCUCACACGUUUACAGGUCGUCAAGCUCUCUGAUGUGUUCACGCAGUCGCUGGAUAUGGCGAAUACGAUGGCUAGCAGUCCUACAGACGUCGCGCUUGCGCUCUACGUGCCCUGCGACUCCGAGUACAGCGCCAGCGAGUUCUCCGUCGUGCUGAGCCAGCUGGCCUUGUUCCGCAAAACAAGUGUGGUGGAGAUACAGUUCUGUGAACUCUCAGGCGGCGGCUACGAGUACCCCUCGGAGUCCGGCGUCGAGCUUCGACGGCUCGGGCAGCAUCCGACCGUGCGCGAGCUCCGCCUCCGGGGUAGCGGGGCCGUGCCAUGGUUCCACAUCUUCCCGAAUAUGGAGAUGCUGCGUAUGCGUUGGAUGGACGACUCGCACGCAGAAUUUGACUGGCAGGAGUGGGCGUGGACGGACUCGGUGCCGUUGGUAGACGUCACGGCCGACGACGAAAGCCAACUCGUAUGUCUCGCAGGGACACACGGCAGGCCGAAACUUCGACAGCUCCACUUGCGUGUGGCUCCGUCGCUCUCCCCCGACCCCUACAGGGAGAUCCCUACGUUCAAAGCCGACAGCUUGCGGCCCGUCUGCUUGACGUUCCCCCUCGCAGAGUGGCAAGCGCCGUGGAACACGGAUCUGCCUCAUUGGAACGGACGUCUGGAGGACCCUGCUGGUCCAGAGGGGCGACUGCGCUACCUGCAGGUGGCCGCCAUGUGUAAUUCGGACGAGGACAUACCCGUCCGGUGGGUGGAAUCGCUCCUCCCUGCUGUCCGAGUGCCCCAGCUAGUGUGCCUGCGGGUCAACUUCCACGUCGCCACGCCGUCCGGGAAGGUGACCAGGCUUGACGAAGCGCGACAGAUGCUCGUCGAGCAACUCCCUUCGCUUCGCUACCUGUGCAUUGCUGAAGGGCAAUUUCCCCAGGAGGACCUUAUUUCCGCAUUCCACCCACGCUUCGUUGGCGAGUGCGCUUGGUGGCGCUUGCACGAGGUGGCAGGCGAGAGGCGAUCGGAGAGCAUCUUGUGUGCGGCCGGUGAGCGGGUCGAACGGUAUCUACGCUCAGCAGAGUUCGAGGAGACGUUGUCCCUCGAUGGCUUCGUGUUGAAUGACAGAUAGGAUGUGCACCCUCGCGCGUGUACUACAGUAUAACAUAUGUAGUACUUAGACUAUCAACAAACUGUUUGGAUAGCUUAGUUGGAAGUCGAGUUGUUCGGAACAGUAGUGUUUGCCUUACGAGCUCUUGCAAGUACUCCUGUGCCGCAACUACGCUGAGGCUACAACCUCGUAUACACAUACGUCUGAACGCCG